UGCUUUUGUUACCCUUCUCGGUCUCAUAUUGAAAUAAGUUGUUAAGUUUGUAAAUCUAUGUGUAGUUAUAUAAGAGAGGAAGAGAUGGAAGAACGCAAAUGGAAAGAGAUAGAAGCUUCUCUUAUGUCAUCUAUUCCCAAUGCUGGCAACAGAGAAGCAGCUGCUGUUCGUGCAGUUGGAGGUGAUUCAGUUUUUGAUGAUUCUUUUGCUCGUGAGAGAGUUUCAAGCAUUGCACGCCGCAUACGUGCAGGCCAGUUAUCUCGGCGAGCACUCCAGCUGGAGUCGGGACCAGUUUGUCUCUGGGAGUUUCUUGUUGCUGGGUCUGAGCAAGGCAUUGAAGCUGGACAAGUUGGACUUAGAUUAAUUACCAAGGGCGAUAGACAAACUACAGUCUCAAAGGAGUGGAGUGUAGGUGCGAGCAACAUUGCUGAUGGAAGGUGUGGACGACUGGGUGAUUGUUGGUUUCUGAGUGCAGUUGCUGUUUUAACUGAGGUUUCACGAAUAUCGGAAGUUAUAAUUACACCUGAAUACAAUGAGGAAGGAAUAUACACAGUUCGUUUCUGUAUCCAGGGGGAAUGGGUUCCUGUUGUUAUUGAUGAUUGGAUACCCUGUGAGUCACCUGGUAAACCUGCAUUUGCCACCAGCAGGAAGAAAAAUGAAUUGUUGGUCUCUAUCUUGGAAAAAGCUUAUGCUAAGCUUCAUGGUUCUUAUGAGGCAUUGGAAGGUGUACUUGUCCAAGAUGCUCUUGUUGAUGUCACUGGGGGUGCGGGUGAGGAAAUUGAUAUGAGAAGUACUGAAGCACAGAUCGAUCUUGCUAGUGGAAGGUUAUGGUCUCAAGUGUUACGGUUCAAUCAAGAAGGUUUUCUACUUGGUGCUGGUAGUGCUUCAGUAGCAGUUGUUCAAUGCAACUUUCGACGCUCAUCAUGGGUCUUCUGGAAACAGCCGCUCUAUGUUUUAAACAUUGUUUUAAACAUAGGGGUCAGACUGCGUACAUCCGACCCCCCCAUCCCGCAAUGGGCGGGAGCCGUUGAGGCAUUGGGGGUACGAGAAGUAGAUGGUUAUAAACUUGUUCAGAUCAGAAACCCAUGGCAAAUGAGGUUGAGUGGAAUGGUCCUUGAUCUAAUUAAUCGCCUGAAUGGACAGACGAUGAAACACAAGCUCCAACAUGUCCCCCAGGCAAAAGAUGGCAUAUUCUGGAUGUCUUGGCCAGAUUUUCAAAUACACUUCAGGUCUAUUUAUGUUUGUCGUGUGUAUCCACCGGAUAUGCGUUAUUCUGUUCAUGGACAGUGGCGAGGUUGUAGUGCUGGUGGCUGCCAGGAUUAUGAUACAUGGCAUCAGAACCCACAAUUUUGUCUGAAAGCCAGAGGGCCCGAUGCUUCUUUGCCCAUUCAUGUUUUCAUUACCUUAACUCAGGUGCUCCUUUCACCUUCAAUAGUAGUCUAUUCCCCAAGGGUGUUACCUGUGUAUGUAUACGAUGCACAUACAGAUUGUGGGAAAAACGUCAGUGGUGCAUUUCUUUUGCUUUAUGGCGUUGCAUUAGCUAUUGAAGGAUGGGGUGUAGUUGCAAGUUUGAAAAUCUACCCCCCUUUCGCUGGAGCUGCUGUUUCAGCAAUUACCCUUGUCGUAGCUUUUGGAUUCGCUGUCUCUCGCCCUUGUUUGACUCUCGAGACCAGAAACGCGUUAUCUGGAACUUACUCUGCUCCCCAGAGAGAAGCAGCUGCAGUAGCAGCUGCUGUUCGUGCAGUUGGAGGUGAUUCAGUUUUUGAUGAUUCUUUUGCUCGUGAGAGAGUUUCAAGCAUUGCACGCCGCAUACGUGCAGGCCAGUUAUCUCGGCGAGCACUCCAGCAAGGCAUUGAAGCUGGACAAGUUGGACUUAGAUUAAUUACCAAGGGCGAUAGACAAACUACAGUCUCAAAGGAGUGGAGUGUAGGUGCGAGCAACAUUGCUGAUGGAAGGUGGCAUAUAGUUACAUUGCCUGUAGAUGCUGAUUUAGGUGAAGUAUCUUGGGAUCUAGAUGGUAAUUUUGAUGGCUAUCAGACAGGGCUACCACUGCAUAAUGGUAGUUGCGUAUGGGAGCAAGGAACAGAGGGACGACUGGGUGAUUGUUGGUUUCUGAGUGCAGUUGCUGUUUUAACUGAGGUUUCACGAAUAUCGGAAGUUAUAAUUACACCUGAAUACAAUGAGGAAGGAAUAUACACAGUUCGUUUCUGUAUCCAGGGGGAAUGGGUUCCUGUUAUUAUUGAUGAUUGGAUUCCCUGUGAGUCACCUGGUAAACCUGCAUUUGCCACCAGCAGGAAGAAAAAUGAAUUGUGGGUCUCUAUCUUGGAAAAAGCUUAUGCUAAGCUUCAUGGUUCGUAUGAGGCAUUGGAAGGUGGACUUGUCCAAGAUGCUGUUGAUGUCACUGGGGGCGCGGGUGAGGAAAUUGAUAUGAGAAGUACUGAAGCACAGAUCGAUCUUGCUAGUGGAAGGUUAUGGUCUCAAGUGUUACGGUUCAAUCAAGAAGGUUUUCUACUUGGUGCUGGUAGUGCUUCAGGUUCAGAUGUGCAUAUUUCUUUGAAUGGUAUUGUUCAAGGCCAUGCCUUCUCAAUAUUGCAGGUACGAGAAGUAGAUGGUUAUAAACUUGUUCAGAUCAGAAACCCAUGGGCAAAUGAGGUUGAGUGGAAUGGUCCUUGAUCUGAUUCAUCGCCUGAAUAGACAGACAGGAUGAAACACAAGCUCCAACAUGUCCCCCAGGCAAAAGAUGGCAUAUUCUGGAUGUCUUGGCAAGAUUUUCAAAUACACUUCAGGUCUAUUU